AGCCUCUGAAUUAGAUCUUCCUUAAAUACUGAAGGCUGCACAUGAGAGAGGAACAGUGGAGAAAAAUCCCUGGUCAUACCCAGUUCCUUCUCCUUUUCGGCAUCCACUCUGCCCCUGUGUGACACAGGAGACUGGGCAUGAUGCAUCUAUGGUGUGUCUGACUAAAAAAUGCAUUCUGAAUGAAGACCACUGAUUGAUAAAAUGAAGACCCAACAGCUCAUGUUUUGAAGAUGAGGAUAAUAAUGACUGGGAAAGAAGCCAACAGUUCUACUUAUAACGAUGAAUAAAUUAUGCAUCAAAAUGAACAGUUUUUGAGAGAAAAUUAACUGUGAUUUUAAAAAUGGGAGAAAGACCACAAAGUCUAGAUUCUGAACAUGAAAGAAAAUCAGAUGCUGACAAAAAUAGUGACUCCUAUUAUUCGGAUGAGGAUAAUGCAUCUCAUUCAUCUGAUCGGUCACCAAUGUUAAGCUGUUCGUCUAUGAGCCAUGGGAAAAAAAAUAACAAAAUACACACUUCAAACUUGCCUUACCAAGCCUCUAAGAAAUUGGGCCCCAAAUAUGCACCAAGCAAAAGAGGGACACGGUGGGGCUUUCGGUCCCAGAGUCUCAAUAGGGAUUCUCCUGCAAAAGAUGUAGAUCUUGUUACCAAAAGGGUUCUCUCUGCCAGGCUGCUGAAAAUCAAUGAGCUUCGAAAUGAACUCACUGAACUCCACAUCAAACUAGAUGAGCUGCAGAAAGAAAACAGGGCACUGAAGAGGCUUCAGUAUCGGCAAGAAAAAGCCUUGAAUAAGUUUGAAGAUACAGAAAAUGAAAUCUCUCAACUCCUUGCUCGACAUAACAAUGAGGUUAGAAUAUUAAGGGAGCGUUUAAGAAAAUCUCAAGAGAGAGAGCGCACCACUGAAAGGAGAUUGAAAGAUUCAGAGGAUGAAUUGUACAGGACAAAAAAUUCUCUGCAAAAACUCAAAAAGCUUUCUGAAGAUAAGCACCUUGUUGAAAGAGAUGAAUUGGCAAAGAAAUUAGCCUUGGCAGAGAACAAACUGGAAGAUAAUGAGAGGAGAAUUAAGGAUCUGGAGAAAAACUUGGAACUGAGUAAUGGCAGUUUCCAGCGACAGUUGCACACUGAGAAAAAAAAGGUACAUGACGCCCAAGAAGAAAACAGAGUACUCCUGGAAGAGCUUCGGCAAUUAAAUCAGAAGCUAAAGGAAAAGGAAAGAGAACUGGAAGCAAAAAACAUAUAUGCUAAUCGUAUGGUGAAGCCAUCACCCAAAAAAGACACAGAUGUUACACACAGAAAAAAAGGAUCCAGCAGCCAAAGCACCAAAAAAGGAGCACAGACUACAAAAGGAGUACAGACUAGUGGCUACUGCUCACCAAUAGAAUUUCCUCCACCACCGGAGGAAUGUGCUUUGGAUGAUGCAGCGUAUCAGAGAGAAGAGGAGAUGCUUCUCCGAAUAGAACAGGAAACACAAAUAAACAAGUGGAAAGAACAAGCAGAGCUUCUGAAACAUGAACGCAACAGAGAAAGAGAAGAAAAAAUGAAACAUGAACAAGAAUUGCAGGCCUUAGAGGAGAAAGUCCAGAAACUACAUGAUGAGUGGGAAAAAGAAGAGCUUGACAGAAGGAAAAAAGAAAACAACUUUUUAUUGGAUAAAGAAGAAAAGACAAAGAUGGAGACCGAAAUACGCAAACCUGAAAGUGAGAGGCAAAACAGUGAAGAUCUAGAAGAAGAGCGACGAAAAAAGCAGUUGCUGCUUGAUAAGAUGAAUGAAAUAGACAGAGAAACUCAAAAUGCCAUUAACAUGAGAUUUGUUUCCCAAGCACAGCUUGCAACAAAAUCUGACUUUCUGGAGAAAACUGAGGGAAUCUCUCAGCACUUAGAGACCGCUGAGAAGGUGGUCAAUGGAUUUUCACACUAUGACAGCCAGGAUACUGGCAUAAAAGCAGAAGGGCAGAAGCAGCAAAAUGCUAGGACCACAGAGUCAAGUGAUGAUUUGACAUUUGGUAGCUAUGUACCUUCCUUUGCAAAAGCAUCUGGGAAAGGAUCAGGGAAGCCAAACUGGCUUAACCAGAAAAGUGACUACUUAGAAAAAAAUAUUAAGGAAAAUAAAAAUUGCAGCACUAAGAAAGAGAAAAAAUCCAAUUUAAUGGAACAGCUAUUUGGAACCAGUGCCAACUCUGUCCUGCCCUCUAACAGAAGUGAAUCAGGUCCUUUUGACAGAGAUUGGGAUUCCAGUAAUGUUCUUGCUCAGGAUAAAGGCAGUAAAGCCAAAGUUAAAGAAGACAGUGAUCUUUUCUUCAGUGAAGGAAGAAGUUUUAACCCAAAUAGACUCCAUUUGCAGCACACAGCAAGCAGGCCAGCAGUUAAGGCUGUUGAUUCUCUAGAAGAUGAUAUAGAAGAACCAUAUGUUAUAUAAUGUUCCUUGGGUAAUUGCUAUAAAUUUAUUUUAAUACAAUAUUUAUUAGAUACAGAUUUGAAGCUUCAGAUCUACUGAAACACCUGAAGAAAUUAUUUCAACAGAUGAACAUAUUUACAAAGAAAAUAUAUGCUGCACAUUUUGCUCAACCAGUUUGACCGAAGUGAUGCUCUUUGUGUAGUGAGAGGUUUUUAACAGUUUACGUCCAAAUACAUGUAUCAAAGAUAAAGGCAGUGGGGGGGAGCAUUUAUUUUAUAUAUAUCACACAACCAAGAGUCUUAAGGGAAUUUCCUGGCAUAUUCCCAGGUAGUACAGCUGAGUAAUGGGUAUUUGGUUGCUGCUUCAUUCAGGAGUUGACGGUGUUUUCACCCUAAUUACAGUCCAGUCUUCCUUCUGGAUUUGCAUUGCCAUUAACAUGAUCAGAUUUGUGCAGCUGCCAAACGAGAUUGGUGGCAUUCCAAAAGGCUGUUAUUAAUUCGGUUCCACAGACGUGGAUAGAAGGGAAAAUAGAGUCCAAAUAUGUGAUCUCUGCAGCUUUGCUCAUUAUUCUCUGUUUAUGGCCCUACAAAGCUCCCAUGCCACUUUUCCAGACUCUUUCUUGCCAGGCAACACAAUGCCAUUUUCAGAGCCAGGACAGUCACUUUUUUCAAAGGAAGGUCUGUUAUUGCAAUAGCCCUAGUUAUUGGUCUUGUUCCUUUUAUGUACUUUCCCCCAGUUAUAAGAAGAAGAGAAUGGGGAAGGAGGGAAAAUGCAACCUGUGUUUUGGAGAACCCUGAGCCAUGGCCCUACUUUGUUAUAAGCUAGUCUUAUGCAGUGACUGUAAAUAUUACUUUGAGAAAACUUAUGCCACAGUAAUACUUCUCUUAGUAGAAGUGGGUUUGAAUCCCCAGAACACACACACUAACCUUAGUUAAAAUAUGUAAAAUAUUAUGUAAACAUAGAAUAUUUUAGUAUAUUUUAAAAUCAUUUUCAGAAAUACUGUAAAGUCUGACUUAUUCAAUUGCAAAUAUUUUUUCAAAAUAGUGAGUGAGAAAAGUUGACAGUGCAGAAUGUAACCUAACCAGAUAUUUGUAUGAGAAGACAGAAAGUUAUUAGCCUCUGUUUCUAUAAAUCGAGUAGCUGACUUUUGGAAUUGGAGAAAGCUGUCUCCUAUAUUGGGAUAAAUAUAAUGUAAAAAAAGUAACUUGGAUACCUUAAAUAUAUAAGAUUCUUUCCAUUUCAUAUUGUUGCUGUUUCUCUCUUCACAAAAUUUUACUUUCUGCAUAUAAGAAAACUUAUUCUGGAGCUGUCCAUAAUCCAGUGCCACAUUUCUUCCUAAUUUAGUCAUUCAGCUUGGUUUUUACAACUAGGUGAUGUUAGUCCUUUGCUGUAAAUGCCAGUAAAAUGUGCCCAUAUACAGUAUGCUGCUUGCAUCUUCCUGGCCAGACCCUGGCUGUUAAUCUAGUUUCCAUGUGAACAAAAAAUCAUAACUGGAAGUAAAUUUUGAAAACAUUUUUAAAGCAUUGUGAACCACUAACAAGGCACCUGGUGGAUGCCUAUAUUUGGCUUUGUGUCUUUUACUUGCUCUCUUUCACAAUUCUAGUAACGGACUUUCCAGUCUAACAUAUAAAGCAGAGGGCUGUAAUUUGUUCCCAGGGGAGCUCGAUUAGUUACUGUCAAAUGGUGAGAAAAAUAAACACCAAUGUUGGGUAAUAGCUCAGGGAGCUGCUGUGGGAGAGGGCCUGCUUUCACGCCUCCGCCCAGCUGUUAUGCAUGAUGGUACGGAACUUGGUGCUUUAUCUGGAGGCAGCCCGUAGCACUUUUUCUCUUGAUUUGGAGUGCCUCUCUGGCUACAGCAUGUUCUGUCUUGGAUGUAUUUAUUCAAGUACUUCAUAGUGGCAUCUGGGGAAGGCACAUGCAAUGUUAACCCUUAACAUGCAAUGUUAACCCCAAAGGGAACACACUUCUGGGAAGGACAGGCAGUUACCUGGAAAGAAGACACGGGUGAAGAGAGAGACUGGAAAAGGCUCUGUAUACUAUAGUGCUGGUACUACAGAAGGACCUAUAUAGAAAAUGCACCAUCUCAGCCAGUUUUUCCUCUUGAGUUGGUGUCAUCUUGCAGCAGAAUUUCUGGCCAUGCAAAGUUUGGUUUCAGAUAUGUCAGAUUAGACUAGAUCCCUGACUGCUAGAGCUGCAUUGGCCAGCUGGUGAGAGAGGCAGUCAGAGGUGGCUUUAAAUCACCUCUAUGCUUCUCUGAUCCCCAGGGCUGCCAGGGACUAAUAUGGCUCCAGAGCUGCUCCUAACUAUGCUUGUAAGGGCUCCAAAGAGACUGGAACUGUUCUGCCCUGGGAGCACAGGAGCAGAGCAUGACUUGAUUUUGCUGUCUCUAACAUAUGCCUAAUGCAUCUUUUCAUCAGGGCAAGCUAGGACGGGGUGUUAAAAAGCCAGCUGUGCUAUCUCAGCACCAGACCAGCACUCUUCCAGCCAGGGGAAUUGUGUGACCUGCCCACCUAAAAUAGUUUCACAUCCCUUUCAUAGUGCCACAAGAGACUGUAACAGAGGCCAAAAUCUGUUCUAAUAUUCAGCAGUGCAUUCAGAGGGGCUAGAUUUGUAAUCCUCAGUUUGAAACUCCAUGCAUAAUUUGGGAAACCACAACAUUUCUUCAUGAAUUAAUCUAACUGUGCACUUCGAAAACUUUCAUGAUCUAAUAUAAAAGUAGCACCAAUUUGCCUGGGACUUCUACUAUGAAGUCAUUUUGUUUUGUGUAACAAUAAGUCAUUAGUAUUUACUCAUUUAAUACAAAGCCAGGAGAACUGCACAAUUUCAGAAAAUGUAAUUAAACAUGCCAUAGAAAUAAUCAUUUUUAAAGUUUGUGAAGAUAUUGUGAUAAUGCAGUUCCUAUAUUAAUUUCAGUUCUAUUUAUUAUGUCAUGUCAGUUUUGUAACAUCUGAUUUAUUUUCUGUGUAAAAAUUUAAUCAUUAAAAUGUUGAUUUUUAACAAAAUGAUUUUUAUUAAAAAAGAAUUGAGUAAA